AUGAAAUGGGGGUCUCUGGAGGCCAUCAAAGGGCAGUACAACUGGGGAAACGCCGACAAAUUGGUUGCGUAUGCAGAGCAACACAAUAUGAAGAUCAGGGGACAUACCCUCAUAUGGCACGAACAGCUGCCCUCAUAUAUCGCGGGACUGGAGGGCAAAAAGGCUGAGCUCGAGCAAGUGAUCAAGGAUCAUAUUAAUACAGUAGUUGGACAUUUCAAAGGUAAGAUCUACGCGUGGGAUGUCGUCAAUGAGGCGAUCGAUGACGGGUCCGGCAAACUAAGGGACAGCAUAUUCUCGCGAACUUUUAACUCCAGUUUCAUU